AUGCUUUGUAGUCGUCGAUAUUUAUGUUCAUUGCUUCAGAUUUAUAAACAAUUUCAAAGCAUUCCAUCUUCAUCUUCAGCAAGUGUCAUCAGUCUCAGAACUAUGUCAGAUUCCGUUCAUGACACAGCAAAAACAGGAUUUGUUGAUGGAGACAAUUAUGACAGAUUUCGCCCUACAUACACAGAUGAAGUUGUUAAAUUGAUUGCUUCGAUCAUCACGGGCUGUCAAACAGACGAUGAAUGCAGUCCAAAGUAUGACUGUGUUGAACUUGGUGCAGGAACUGGAAAAUUAACCAUGAAGUUGAUUAAGGAAUUACCAAAGGUCAAGGGGUACCUAGCCACAGAGCCUAUGGAUGGAUUUCAGGAGAUCCUGAGAAAGAACUGCCCAGGGAUCGACACACUAGUAUGCAGUGCAGAAAAAAUGCCCGUCCCAUCAGAAAGUGUCAAGGCAGUAGUGGCCGCGCAGUGUUUCCAUUGGUUUGCUAAUAUGACGUCAUUAAAUGAAAUCAAUAGGAUCCUUACGCCGGCAGGAAAAUUAAUAAUGGUAUGGAACAACAAGGACUGGAAAGUCCCGUGGGUGAAGGACAUAGAAGGCAUAUUAACUCGUUACUAUGGUGACACACCGCGAGCUGUAUCAUAUAAAUGGAAGGAAGUGAUAGAAAAAUGUACACACUUCCGGUGUGUUCGACAUGAAAUCUUACCAGGUACACUUUUAAAGGGGCGUGAACAAGAUGUAAUCGGACAUUUCUGCUCCGUAAGUGUCAUUGCUUCCUUGGAAGAUGACGAAAAAGCCAAGGUCAGAUGUGAGAUGAAGACCAUUUUGGAUAGACAUGGACUCACGGCAGGAAAUGACGACAUCGCUGUUCCGUUUCACACCGAGCUGUACGUUUGUGAAAAGAUUAAAAAAUAAAUGAUGAUAGAAAACUA